GAGGGGUUCUGCGUUGCGAGCAGGAGAGGCGUAAGGCAUGCGAUGGAGGAUGCCUAUGGCGUGAUCACCGACGGAAUUGCUGGAGACUCCCAAUUGGCGUUCUACGGUGUGUACGACGGGCAUGGCGGCAGGGCCGCCGUUGACCUGAUCGCCGACAAGCUGGGGAAGAACAUCGUCGCCGCGCUGGCUGCGCAGCUGGAGCUGGAUGUCAUGGCGGCGAUCAGAGCCGGGUAUUUGGCCACGGACAGCGAGUUCCUCAGCCAGGGCACGCGAGGUGGUGCUUGCGCGGCAACGGCGCUGGUGAAGGACGGCGAGCUCUACGUUGCCAACGUGGGCGACUGCCGCGCCGUGCUCGGCACCCGCGACGGCAUCGCCAACGCCUUGACGUCCGACCACACUCCCGGCCGGGAAGACGAGCGGCUCCGCAUCGAGAGCUCCGGCGGGUACGUGAGCCGGGGCAGCGGCGGCGUGUGGCGGGUGCAGGACAGCCUCGCCGUGUCGCGGGCAUUCGGCGACGCCGACAUGAGGCCCUGGGUCACCUGCGAGCCGGAGGUGACACGCCUCCGCGUCACGCCGGACUGCGCCUUCCUCGUCCUCGCAUCCGACGGCCUCUGGAGCAAGGUGUCCAACCACGAAGCCGUAGAAGCCGUCGCCAGGAGCAGCGGCGGUGGUAAUGCCGGCGUGUCCAUGGACUCCUGCAAGGAGCUCGUCGCCAUGGCAAGGAGCAGAGGGAGCAGGGACGACAUCACGGCCAUGGUGGUGGAUCUAAAGCGAUUCCUUCGAUAGAAUCGCCUAGCAAAUUAAAAUCUUCAUGUGAAUUUUGAGGUGAUCAACUAGGUACGUUGUAGGCCUGCCUUCCGAAGAGAUUGCAUAGGGCUCCUCGGAAAGUGCAGAUAAUUAGAUCGAUCGAUGUGUAAAGAGUAAAUUAGCAUAUGUGGGCUUGAGAGUGACACCAAACGUAAGCCCACCAUGGGACGAUGGAGGACCGUUGCUGAGGAGCUUGAGAGUUUUUAUCCUCGUCGGUCUUCAUGGAAAAUCCAUCUCGAAGAUGAAGAUAUCUCUUAAAACAAA